AUGGUCAAGAUUCAAGAAGCGAUUUACCAUGGCAUGAUUGCUGCAGAUUUUCUCUAUAAAACUAAACGAGUUUUCCAGGCUAUCGAGCUGUGGAACGAGUGCUUAAUACUCUUAAACAACAAAGCCUUACAAAACGAACAUGAACUUGUUAGAAAAGGGAGUAUAGCGCUGUAGAAAAGGCUGUUUAAUGGAUAUACUGCUAUUACAAAACUUUCGCCAGCAAUAGAAUCUGGCAGAAAGCUUUUAGUCCUACUUCGUAAUUGUGAUAGAAAAAAAAAAAAAGAAGGUAAGAGAGCCUUGAAUUUAUCAACACUGUACCACCAAAAAAGUGAAUACAAGGAAGCACAAGCAUACCUCGAAAGAGCACUCUGCGUUAACAAAGAAAUCGAAGACAAAGGCGGAGAAGCGUCAUGCUGCAGAAACCUAGGAGCUGUGUUUAAAUCUGUUGGUCAAUAUGAAAAGGCUAAAGAAUAUCUUCAUAAAGCGCUUACCAUCAACACAGAAAUUGGCGACAAACACGGAGAAGCGUCAUGCUACGUAAACCUAGGAACUGUGUUUCGAUCUGUCGGAGAAUAUGCCAAGGCUGAAGAAUAUCUUCAUAAAGCACUUACCAUCAACACAGAAAUUGGCGACAAACACGAAGAAGCGUCAUGCUACAUAAACCUAGGAACUGUGUUUGAAUCUGUCGGACAAUAUGCCAAGGCUGAAGAAUAUCUUCAAAAAGCACUUACCAUAGAGACAGAACUUGGCCACAAAGACGGAGAAGCGUCAUGCUACAUAAACCUAGGAACUGUGUUUCGAUCUGUCGGAGAAUAUGCCAAGGCUGGAAAAUAUCUUCAUAAAGCACUUACCAUCAAGACAGAAAUUGGCGACAAACACGCAGAAGCGUCAUGCUACAAAAAACUAGGAGAUCGUUUUCAAGAUGUCGGAGAAUAUGCCAAGGCUGAAGAAUAUCUACAUAAAGCAAUUACCAUCAACACAGAAAUUGGCGACAAACAAGCAGAAGCGUCAUGCUACAUAAACCUAGGAGCUGUGUUUGGAUUUGUGGGAGAAUAUGCCAAGGCUGAAGAAUACCUUUAUAAAGCACUUACCAUCAACACAGAAAUUGGCAACAAACACGGAGAAGCGUCAUGCUACAUAAACCUAGGAACUGUGUUUCGAUUUGUCGGAGAAUAUGCUAAGGCUGAAGAAUAUCUUCAUAAAGCACUUACCAUCAAGACAGAUAUUGUUGAUAAAGAGAGAGAAGUGACAUCCUACGGAAACCUAGAAAUUGUUUUUCCAGAUGUCAGAGAAUACGCCAAGACUGAAGAAUAUCUUCAUAAAGCACUUACCACCAACACAGAAAUAGGCCACAAACACGGAGAAGCGUCAUGCUACUUAAACCUAGGAAAUGUGUUUGGAUAUGUCGGAGAAUAUGCCAAGGCUGAAGAAUAUCUUCAUAAAGCACUUACCAUCAACACAGAAAUUGGCGACAAAUACGGAGAAGCGUUAUGCUACAUAAACCUAGGAACUGUGUUUGGAUCUGUCGGACAAUAUGCAAAGGCUGAAGAAUAUCUUCAUAAAGCACUUACCAUAAACACAGAAAUUGGCGACAAACACGAAGAAGCGUCAUGCUACAUAAACCUAGGAGCUGUGUUUGGAUCUGUCGGACAAUACGCAAAGGCUGAUGUAUAUCUUCAUAAAGCACUUACCAUCAAGACAGAAAUUGGCGACAAACACGGAGAAGCGUCAUGCUACAUAAACCUGGGAACUGUGUUUGAAUCUGUCGGAGAAUAUGCCAAGGCUGAAGAAUAUACUCAUAAAGCACUUACCGUCAACACAGAAAUUGGCGACAAACACGAAGAAGCGUCAUGCUACAUAAAACUAGGACUUGUGUUUAAGUCUGUCGGAGAAUAUGCCAAGGCUGAAGAAUAUCUUCAAAAAGCACUUACCAUCGAGACAGAACUUGACCAUAAAGACGGAGAAGCGUCAUGCUACAUAAACCUAGGAGCUUUGUUUGAAUCUGUCGGAGAAUAUGCCAAGGCUGAAGAAUAUCUUCAUAAAGCACUUACCAUCAAGACAGAAAUUGGCGACAAAUACGGAGAAGCGUCAUGCUACAUAAACCUAGAAGCUGUGUUUGAAUCUGUCGGAGAAUAUUCCAAGGCUGAAGAAUAUCUUUAUAAAGCACUUACCAUCAAGACAGAAAUUGGCGACAAAGACGGAGAAGCGUCAUGCUACAUAAACCUAGGAGCUGUGUUUGGAUCUGUCGGACAGUAUGCAAAGGCUGAAGAAUAUCUUCAAAAAGCACUUACCAUUGAGACAGAACUUGACCACAAACACGGAAAAGCGUCAUGCUACAUAAACCUAGGAGCUGUGUUUCGAUCUUUCGGAAAAUAUGCCAAGGCUAAAGAAUAUCUUGAUAAAGCGCUUACCAUCAUCACAGAAAUUGGCGACAAACACGGAGAAGCGUCAUGCUACGUAAACCUAGGAAAUGUGUUUAAAUCUGUCGGAGAAUAUGCCAAGGCUGAAGAAUAUCUUCAUAAAGCACUUACCAUCAACACAGAAAUUGGCAACAAACACGGAGAAGCGUCAUGCUACAUAAACCUAGGAGAAGUGUUUCGAUCUGUCGGAGGAUAUGCAAAGGCUGAAAAAUAUCUUUAUAAAGCACUUACCAUCAAGACAGAAAUUGGCGACAAACACGGAGAAGCGUUAUGCUACAUAAACCUAGGGACUGUGUUUGAAUAUGUCGGAGAAUAUGCCAAGGCUGAAGAAUAUCUUCAUAAAGCACUUACGAUCAACACAGAAAUUGGCGACAAAGACGGAGAAGCGUUAUGCUUCAUAAACCUAGGAACUGUGUUUGGAUGUGUCGGACAAUAUGCAAAGGCUGAAGAAUAUCUUCAUAAAGCACUUCCCAUCAACACAGAAAUUGGCAACAAACACGGAGAAGCGUCAUGCUACAUAAACCUAGGAGAAGUGUUUCGAUCUGUCGGAGAAUAUGCCAAGGCUGAAGAACAUCUUCAUAAAGCACUUACUAUCAACACAGAAAUUGGCGACAAACACGGAGAAGCGUCAUGCUACAUAAACCUAGGAACUGUGUUCGAAUCUGUCGGAGAAUAUGCCAAGGCUGAAGAAAAUCUUCAUAAAGCACUUACUAUCAACACAGAAAUUGGCGACAAACACGGAGAAGCGUCAUGCUACAUAAACCUAGGAUUGGUGUUUGAAUCUGUCAGGGAAUAUGCCAAGGCUGAAGAAUAUCUUUAUAAAGCACUUACCAUGAUGACAAAAAUCGGUGACAAAGACGGAAAAGCGUCAUGCUACAUAAAUUUAGGACAUCUAGUAUUUAAAGUUGGCGAACGAGCGAAGGCUCAAAAAUAUUUUGAGAAUGCUCUUCAAAUUAUCAGGGGGACUGGAAACAUCGAAAUGCAAUUUCAAACUUUCCUUUAUCUACAUAAAUGUUGUUUAAAAAUAACAGGAAACACAUCUGAAGCCUUAUCGAAUCUCCGGACAAGCAUUCAAAUUUGCGAAAAAAUGCUUCUUUCUUUAGGAAGCAAAGAUCGCCGCAAGAUAUUAUUUUUUGACGAGCACGCGUCUCCCUAUCGGCUAUUUUGUUCAUUGAGUUGUUCUUGUGGGAAACCGUAUGAAGCCUUACACGUUGCUGAACUUGGACGGGCCAGAGCUCUAGCAGAACUUAUGUCAAAUCGGUACUCGAUUAAAAAGGAAAUAUCCAUCAACAUACAAUCGUUUGUUGACAUCGAGGAAGUAAUUACGAAAAAUGGCAACAGCACCUGCCUAUACAUCUCCUAUGACUACCAUGGCAAUAUAUUUCUGUGGGUUUUGACCCAAAAAUACCCAGUAGCUUUCCGAAGAACGAAACUUUGUGACAGCUUUGUUAGCAAGCACGGAAAAAUCUCUGUGGAUGACCUAUUUAUUAACGGAAUCUUAUUAAGAAAUUUUCACGUUUUACCUCAAGAGCAAUGCGAAGACCGAUCACUGUUCUCUUCAUACGCCAACCAACUUACAAACGAAUCAAAUCUCUCAUCCUUGCGUCCUGUUUUAGAUGAGGAAGAAGUAAUCACAGACCCUGAACUGCCAACACUUUUUCAUGUUUACCGUAUGUUGAUUGCUCCUGUACGUGAUUUGCUAGAAGGAUCUGAAAUCAUUGUUGUUCCUGAUCGCUGCUUCUUCCAAGUUCCCUUUGCAGCAUUACAUGAUGAAAGUAAGCGCUAUUUAUCAGAUUCUUUCAGGAUACGCAUUGUCCCUUCUUUGACGACUCUCAAGCUCAUUAUGGAAAGUCCAGCGGACUCUCACAGCGAAAAAGGUGCAUUACUUGUGGGUGAGCCAAGUGUGAAGGAUGUGUAUUUCAAGGGAAAGUUAAGGUAUCUCUGUCCAUUGCCUGGCGCGAAAGAGGAAGCAGAGAUGAUUGCAAGCCUGUUACCUGAAUCUCACCUUUUAAUAGGAAUGAAAGCAACAAAGCAAGCAGUUCUUCAGAGAAUAGCCUCAGUGAGUCUCGUACAUUUCGCUGCUCAUGGUGAUGCCGAAAGAGGAGAAAUUGCUCUUAGCCCCCCUGACUCCACAAUGGGGACUCCACAUGAAGCAGACUACUUACUGACAAUGACCGAUAUUUCACAAGUUAGACUGUCAGCCAAACUGGUGGUCCUUAGCUGUUGCCAUACUGCACGUGGACAGAUCAAAACAGAAGGCGUUGUUGGAAUCGCUCGAGCAUUCUUAGGAUCAGGUGCACGCUCAGUGUUGGUGGCAUUGUGGGCCUUACAAGACGGAGCAACAGAGCAGUUCAUGAGAAGAUUCUACGAAAACCUUGUCCAAGGAGAAAGUGCAAGUGAAUGUCUUCACCGGGCCAUGAAGUGGAUGCGAAAUAACGGUUUCUAUGAAGUGAGGCAGUGGGCACCUUUCAUGCUGAUUGGGGAUGAUGUGUCAUUUCACUUUGGUGAGGAAAAGUGA